GGCUCGCAUCCCAUUCCUCAUGCCCAAUCGAUCCCUGCUCGGGAGGAGCGACGGGAGCGCAACUAUCACUCCCGCAUCACUACAACAUCACUUUCAUCAGCGUCUCUCCGGCGACUGUAACGCCUCCGCGUGAAAGGGGCGCGCGCGCGGGGAUGAACUUGUGUGGAGUGUUCACCCGAAACACCGCCGACGCCACGUCUCUUCGGGGGACUCGGGCACUUUUGACGACUUUCUCCUCAAACUGGCUUUGACAUGGGACGCCGCGACACCAUGGCAGAUUGGACCGCGUCGCCGUUGCACGAGCCCCGCUUUCUCGCCCGGCUCCGGAGAGCCGUCUCGCCGUCCUGGCACUAGCCCCGCUCACCCACGCUUCCCCCGUGUUCGCGUGGGGGUCCCGGACCUGGACGGGAGCUUUUGAAGGAUUGUCCCGGUUAGUGGGAGACAAAGCCGGUGGAGUUGAAGCAGAAAGUGGCAAAGCGCUCCUUCAUCUCACCUGGAUCCUGUACAGCGCCCCGUGAUCAUGCCGUCGGGUUUAUAGAUUCGGGGGCUGUGUGCGAUUGAGGCGAGGAAGAGGAGACGCCGGCGAAGGUGGAGGAGGAGACAGAGGAGCCGCGCAGACAUGGCCUGUGACCCCCGUCCGUAGAGGAAGAGCUGCUUAGUGGAAACCAGAUCGAAGAAGGAAGAGACGAUUAACAGAAUGAAACUGCGUGGGAGGUCAGCUUGGCCGUUGCAGGUGGCUUUCCUUGUUGCCGUGGUGACGCUCUGCGUUGACCCAGCGUCCGCCGGCAGCCGCAGCCAUCGGGGAUCGACAGUCUCGUACCAGGUGAAGCAGGGGACGUGCGAGGUGGUGGCCGUCCAUCGCUGCUGUAAUAAGAACAAGAUUGAGGAGCGCUCUCAAACCGUCAAGUGUUCCUGUUUCCCAGGGCAGGUUGCUGGCACCACGAGAGCCAGACCCUCCUGUGUGGAAGCCUCCAUCGUAGCUCAGAAAUGGUGGUGUCAGAUGCAGCCGUGUAUGGAUGGAGAGGAGUGUAAGGUCCUGCCUGACCUGACUGGUUGGUCCUGCAGCACUGGCAACAAAGUCAAAACCACCAAGGUCACACGAUAGCAAGAGAGCCACGAGGAAACCUGAAACUCUCCAUGUGGAAAAGAUGGAUGACUCACACAUAUUUACUGUACGACAGAGAAAAAAUAUCAAGGACAGGACCGCUGUCAGGCUAUCCAUCACCAAACAAUGGGAUAAAAUGUACUCAUCACAAACCAUGUACACUUGGCUACAUGGGGCCAUACACACAGCGAACGCAGCACGCUGGUUGUUAGGGCCAAUGGACUAUAGCCGUGGACACGGAGGAAGCACGUGGACACACGGGGACUCCUGUUUUCCAGAAGCGGACAAAAAGUGGCUCGAUCAGAAAUAGUCGACCUUAACCAUCCAUUAAGCAUUUCAAAGUAUAUAUUUCAGCAAAGCAUUUACAGAUGAGCGUGAGCUGGGCUGGAUCCCCGGAUCAGCGAUGGAGGCGCUAGCGGCUCGUAACUAGCAAGUAGCAAAUUAGCAUCCGGUUGCUCUCGUGGGACCAGUCACAACCGCGGCGACUGUCGUGCUGCAGUCAUUCGGCAGUGUGAUCGCAAAGACAUAUUAAAAAUUAAUGUAAGAUAUUUGCACUAGUCAGAACCAUUGGAGAAUGUUUCGUUUCCCUAGGUAUCGCCCAUGUUUUUUUGCUGUGGAAGUCACACGAGGCCCGAGGUGAGGUUUUGUAAAACGUCUGACCCUUGAAGUAUCCAGUAUAUAGUUUUAAUAUUUCUAGGUAGCUAUUGGUUAAAGAUGGCUCUGAUGACGGCGCAGCGCUUACGUGCAGCUUAGCUACAGUAGCAAAAGUGUGAUUCAUCUGUCCCAUUUGGCGACCACACAUUUCUACGCUCGGCCUUCAACACCUUUGAUCUAUUAUAUUCAGUGGGUGACAUCUCAUCUUCUGUUUAACUGUUUAAAGGAAGCCCAUAAAACGUUCAAACAAGCACAAUGAGUUGUCACUUCAAGGUUUUGUUCUUUUUGUGGUGAUUUGUGUUCAGCUUCUGAGAAAACCAGUGCAAAUGCAAGCGGAGGACAUUUUAACUACCUGUGUUUGGAGGAACACUGGCUUUUUCAUAUGCAUACUCACUCAUUGAUUGCCUCCAGAACUCCACCCCCCCAACAUCAAUGCUUCAGUGAGGCUUACUGAAAUAAUUGCCGCAGAUAAUGGCAGUUCAACAUGUUUUUCCCUACAGGGCUCAGUCAUUACUGCGCUGAGUACAAUAGUGGAGCUCCACAAACAACCGUCUUAAAUCUCUCAAUUAUUUCUGUCCACUCUCGCUCCCUCGCUCCCGUUUCCUUUGAAUCUCCCUGUCCCUCUGUCUCCUUCUCCUCCUCCGUCACAUGGCAUCAAAAAGAUGGCGCGGUUAAAGCAGUUUUCCCGCGCUCUUUCGCUCUCGCGAUUUCCAAAUCCAUUUUUUUUUUCCCCCUCUCGUCGACACACAUCCAAGUGCAAGUCUUUCUCAAGCUGUGCCUGUCUGCCUCUCUGAUAUGUGAAUGUGUUGGGUCAGUGUGCCCAGGGGUUAGCCCGCAGGGGGCCGCUCCUCUUGCGAACGAGAGCCUCUGCUUUCAGACACGCUGCUUUGUGAGCUAUGAUAAAUCUGCAGGAGCUGAGCUGCUGCCUCUCCAGCACCAGCGCUGAGCUCCGAGCCAGAGGGAGCUGGGGGACAGCCGGGCUACCGGUGGCAGGCGGCUCCAUUCUCUCAUUACUGAGAGGCCUGGAUAACACUGGGCUUCUCGCGGGACCACUGACAUGGAAUAUUUUUAGGCCUGUGGUGCAGCACUGCAGUUAGGCCAGUCACACCACGAUGCCCUCUUUCCUCGAGCAGCGUCUCAGCCCCGAUGUUCCACUUACCGUGCAGUGGGGAUAUAAUGGCGUUCUGCAGCUGCGUUUGCAGAGGAGCCCAAAACACCUUUUCUGUCAUCGCGUGGCAAACUUUGAACAACUUCUGCCCGACCACGCCUACAUGUAGGCGCUGAUUUGACAGCACUAGAAUCAUGAGCCUUCAUUACAGCCAAAAGGAACAUCUCUGGAGCUGUGCAGCAACUAACCAUAGGAGGGAUGUAUUUGCCUUUGUACCUCCCCUCCCUCCCCUCCCUCUUCCAGGGGUUAGUGCUCUGUAAAUGAGCCUGGCGCCUUGCUCCCUCUGUCCUACACGGGUCUCUGCAGCAGAAUCAAUAUUUGAGGACAAUUUGCGCUGCCCUGCUCCCUGGUGGCUGGGGUUUGAUGCUGCAGCUCCACCUCCACUUCCAGCCUUACUUACAACUGCCGGGAACAGAGUCACAGUUCGUCUUAGGUCGUUGCUAGUCGGCGGAAAAAAAAGCGGCAAGGCGCAUAGGUACAUUUACAUGUGGCCAGUCUGCAAAAAAGUGGCCACGCACACCUUUGACUUUGCCAAUUUAUGAGAAGGAAAAAGACUGAACUCAGCCUUAAGGUAUCUUGGAGGGAUUUUGCAUUACCAUAUUGGCCUCUAAUGAGAUGUUACAUAGAAUGCAAAUUUAGAAAGCACCUGCACCUAUUUAUGGUUUCAUACGUUGUCUGUUUUCAUGGUUAAAAACAGACAAUGAUCCUCAUCACCAAAUUUAUUUAACAUUAUAAAGGAAACCUACUCACAGCCUCAAUUGCGCUUUAAAAACACAGUAAUCUUGUUAUAAGUGGAAUGUGAUGUGUAUAAAGUGUGUCGGUGGGGGUCUAACCUUCAGAACGUCCCACAGAGACCGGCUGCUUUCAUCUCCAUGGGUUAGCAACUGGUGAUGCGCAGAGGCCACGGCCCAUAGCAAAUAAACAGCGUGGAGGAAAUGAAUGCAGUGGAACGUUCUAAUGAGAGGGGGCUCACGGUUUGAGGGCCGAGGGAAGGCAGUGUAGCCAUGAGUUGCCUAAAAGAAAAAGAGGCACUAAAGAUGUACAUCUAUAGCGUGUGUGAGAGAGAGGGGGAGCUUGCGGAGGGUAUUUUAAGAAUGUCUCCGCUUAUGUGCUCAGCCUGGGUGGCUCCCGAGAGGCCACUUGCAUCGUCAAGCCAAACGCCUUCAAUAGUCCAUCGCUGCACUUGUGGGCAAUUCACACAAUCAGUACCUAGCGAGCGGGAAAUAAAGGGAUGAAACACU